AUGAUGCGACAAGACUCCCACAGAAUUGACCCUAAACGACGGGCUGUUCUCGAUCACAAAAAGAAGCAGUUUGCAUCGCCUUCGUUCAAGCAACAGGACUACCCCCACCGACUCAACUUUUACGAUGUGCCUCCGACGGCAGAGAUCACGCUCGAAGAGUUUGAGCAGUGGGCAAUUGAUAGAUUAAAAGUGCUGGCCGAAAUCGAAGCCUGUUCCUACCGCAAUAAAACUCCACAGGAGACAGAAGCACACAUCGCACCAGUUUUGAAGAAAUAUCUCAAUUUGUCGUCGAACUCUUCAGCUUCCGGCGGUGUCAUCAGCCAGCAACUGAGGAAUGAGCGACAAAAGGAUCACUACUCGCACUUCAUCCUACGACUCGCAUUUUCUGCAACCGAAGAACUGCGUCAUCGAUUUGUUCGUGCAGAGACAAUGUUGUUCAAGUUUCGCUUUGGCAAAGAUGACAGCAAGGAACGACGAUCGUUUAUUGAAAGCCUCAAUCUGAACUGGGAGCCUGUGAGCGACGAGGAGAGAUCCGAGCUCGCCGAACAACUGGUUGCUUCUACGCCUGGCUUACGGCGCGCUGAAGAUGAAGCUUGGUUCAAGGUCGACUGGGAAAAAGUGCCGGAGUUGAUUGAACGUCGAGUUGUUUUUAUUCGGAAAGGGAAGGCUUAUGUUCCUCAGCGGGAACAACUGAGUAUGAUUAUUGCAGAUUUCACUGCACGAUUAGAGAAGGCUAUGGAGUUGACAAGCCGUGCGUUACCGCGUCUGGACGAGGACGACCGUCUUACUCCAAUCCUGAACCAUCUGUCCAAGAAUUUUGGAAGCGCCGAAUCCGUUUACUCCGAGGGCGAAGGUGUUGUUGAUGGCGCUCCAAUCACCGCGGCCUCCAUUGAUCCUCUAUCGCAACACUUCCCUCUAUGCAUGCGAAGCCUGCACAUGACGCUACGGAAGAACAAUCACUUGAAACACUUUGGUCGCCUGCAAUAUACCCUUUUCCUUAAGGGCAUCGGUCUCAGCCUCGAUGAGUGUAUACUAUUUUGGCGUCAGUCAUUCAAGGGUUUCUCCGAUGACGAAUUCAACUCGAAAUAUAAAUACAACAUUCGUCACAGCUACGGAGACGUCGGAGGUGACGCCAAUCGUCGUGGCCGAGGCUACCCACCGUACUCGUGCCAGAGGAUUCUCUCGGAAAGUGCACCGAGCACUGGGCAAACUCAUGGAUGCCCAUACCGACAUUUCUCUGUUGACAACCUUACUGCGUUGCUUCAAUCGACCGGUGUCCACGAUAAAGAUCUUUUACGCGGUGUACGGGAAGAUGUGGGAAAACAAAAAUAUCACAUUGCUUGCAACCGAGUAUUUGAGUGGACGCACAAGGCAGACAUCAAGCGGGUGAAGGAGGAUGGCUCGUGGAGUCAAACUGACUUGGAUACAAUUGUCCAUCCAAACACGUAUUUCAAGCGAAGUUAUCUUCUCAAGACCUCGGGAAAGCCAUCUAAGGAGAGUGCUUGA